AUUAAAUAUGGCGAUUAAAUAUAAAGUUGUGAAUGUCGAUAUACAGACAAGUAUAUCAUUACUUCAAAAAUUUAUAAAAAAAUUGAAAGACAAUGUUGAUCAUUAUCGUAAAAAUGUAGAUGUGUUCUAUAAAAAUUACCUGUCAACUCUAAUUAGCGAUAAUAAUAACACUAAAUACUUAAGACCUUAUAGUGAAUUCAAUAAAGUUGAUUCAAUGUACAAAAAAUUUAAAAGGUUCCUCAGUGAUUUUCUAACAGCGAUUCUGAAAGAUUACACAGACGCGUUGGAAAUUGGUUCGAGUAUUCGUUCACUCAAAAAUGACUUUGAUGAUAUAGUCAAAAAGUACAGUUAUCUUUAUAAAAACUCACCGAAGAAAGGUAUCGAAGUGAAUGAAGAAUUUUCUUCCAUGGAAAAUUUGAAAAACCUACACUACGCGAUCACUAAAUUAGGUAAAAUAAAACAAUUAUACAAUGAGAGAGUUAUUGCUUACAAUGAGUAUAUUUUACAAUUUUAUGGCAUUGAAAGAAAUUUUGAAAAUCGUAUUCUAACUUUUACAACUGGUUAUAACAAAACCCAUAGUCUGGUACUUGAUUAUUAUACUGAAUAUUUUAUGAGUUUGUUGCAAAAUGAUAGUAUAGGUAGCAAGAAAAGGGAAAUUUUGAAAGGAUAUUUGAAAAAUUUGACGGUUAAAAUGGAAGGAUUUAGUAAAUCGUCUUUGCGGGGUGUCAAGAAAAUAAAUAACUUUGAUUUUGGUAAAACAGAUUCUGGAAAAAAUUCAGAACGUUAUUCAAAUAAUGAUCAAACAAAGUCAUCGAAACAAAAUUUGUUUUCGGUUUCUACAAACAUUUCACAAACAGAAAAACCUACAAACCCGAGUUCCAUAAGCCAAUUUAACAGAAGUUCAGGAACUUCAAUGCCUCAAACAAAGUCACCUCCACAACCAAAUUCAUCUUCAAUUCCUAAAGACAUUCCACAAACAGAAACACGUCCAAAAGUAGUUUUCAAAGCGCCAUUGAACAAAAUUUCAGGAACUUCAAUGCCUCAAACAAAGUCACCCCCACCAAUUUCAUCUUCAAUUCGUAAAUACAUUCCACAAACAGAAACACGUCCAAAAGUGGUUUUCAGAGCCCCAUUGAACGAAAUUUCAGGAACUUCAAUGCCUCAAACAAAGUCAUCCCCACCAAUUUCAUCUUCAAUUCCUAAAGACAUUCCACAAACAGAAUUACCUCCAAAAGUAGUUUUCAGAACCCCAUUGAACAAAAUUUUAAGAACUUCAAUGCCUCAAAUAAAGUCAUCCCUACCAAUUUCAUCUUCAAUUCCUAAAGACAUUCCACAAACAGAAUUACCUCCAAAAGAAGUUUUUAGAACCCCAUUGAACAAAAUUUCAAGAACUUCAAUGCCUCAAAUAAAGUCACCCCCACCAAUUACAUCUUCAAUUCCUAAAGACAUUCCACAAACAGAAUUACCUCCAAAAGUAGUUUUCAGAACCCCAUUGAACAAAAUUUCAGGAACUUCAAUGCCUCAAAUAAAGUCACUCCCACAAUCAAUUUCAUCUUCAAUUCCUAAAGACAUUCCACAAACAGAAUUACCUCCAAAAGAAGUUUUUAGAACCCCAUUGAACAAAAUUUCAAGAACUUCAAUGCCUCAAAUAAAGUCACCCCCACCAAUUUCAUCUUCAAUUCCUAAAGACAUUCCACAAGCAGAAUUACCUCCAAAAGUAGUUUUCAGAACCCCAUUGAACAAAAUUUCAGGAACUUCAAUGCCUCAAAUAAAGUCACUCCCACAAUCAAUUUCAUCUUCAAUUCCUAAAGACAUUCCACAAACAGAAUUACCUCCAAAAGUAGUUUUAAGAACCCCAUUGAACAAAAUUUCAGGAACUUCAAUGCCUCAAAUAAAGUCACUCCCACAAUCAAUUUCAUCUUCAAUUCCUAAAGACAUUCCACAAACAGAAUUACCUCCAAAACCAAUUUUCAAAAAGCGAUUUAAAAGAAGUUCAGAACUUUCUGAACUCUCUAAAACUAAAAACGAUGACCCAUGCCUACUAAAACGAAAUCUAAUGUUACCAUUGAAACAAUGUUGUCUAAUACCCAAUGCCAAUGCAAGUCCAUUUUACAAAAAAAAUAAUUAUUUAUUUGACAUUUCUAAUACAUGUGGAUUUGAUUCCAUAGCACAAAUUUUACUAGCCAGUAUUACUGACGAUUUUUGUUAUGCGUCAAAAAUGAAAACAUCUUCAAGUGAUGUAAUUAAAUUUAUAUUAAAAUUACAAACGGCUGAUAAAUUGGAAGCCGGUAAAUUACGUAACGAUUAUUUAGCCGAAAAAUUUAUGGGAACCCGAGAAUUUAAUAGUAAUAAUUAUCACCAUCAAUUAAAUUUCUACAGAACAUUAACGCCAAUAUGGGAUGUAUACUUCAAUUCGUUACCCAGCGGUUAUUAUUACUAUGGAUGUCAUUCAAUUCGUCAGCCUAGAAGUGCCCUGACGAUUGUUUACGAAGAUAUUGGGGAAAUUGGUCAAGUUGCAAAACGUAGAAAAAUAGACAUGUCUAUUCCAGAUAAAUUGAACAAACUAUUGGCUGAACCAGAAAGAUUUAAGUGCCCGAAAUGUGAAAAAGGUGUAUCAAAUUUCGAACUAAACAAUCAAGUAUUCAUCGAUAUUACUUUAAUGGUAGAAUCGGGCGCCAGGUUAUUUUCUGAUCUUGAAUUAUUUCCCAUCACAUUAACGCUUUUAGACACAAAUUAUAGAUUGGCUGGUGUAAUCGAAAGAGUUCCCGGGCAUUUCAUCGCUAACGUAAGACGAAUUGAUGGCAGUUGGGAAGUUCACAAUGAUUUAGAAAACGAAAUAUCUAAACUGACUAAUUUUAAAAAAGAAAUCUGCCCGGAAGCUGCUAUUUAUAUUAAAGAGUAAUUUUAUA